AGUGACUCGAAGGCGACGGCACGAUGUCGCACUCAUUCCUGAACGCGUCUAUCCCUGACCUCGUCAAGAAGCUGACGACUGAGGAAAAGAUCAGGCUCCUCAGUGGCCCUAACUGGUGGAAUACUAACGCAGUAGACCGGCUCGGCAUUCCCGCCGUUCGUAUGAGCGAUGGACCCAACGGAGUUCGCGGAUCCUCACACUUCAUCGCUACUCCUGCACAGUGCCUCCCGUGUGCCACCUCACUGGCUUCCACCUUCGAUACCGAUGCUCUUUACAAAGUCGGCUCCUUUCUCGGCGAGGAGGCCAAGAUCAAGUCUUCCGUAAUAUUGCUCGCGCCGACUUGUAAUCUCCAGCGUAACCCUCUUGGCGGUCGUGCAUUCGAAUCCUUCUCUGAGGACCCGCAUUUGUCGGGCAUGAUGGCGGCAGCAUACGUAGAUGGCCUGCAGGCCCAAGGCGUCGCGGCUACUAUCAAACACUUCGUCGGGAAUGACCAGGAGCAUGAGCGGACUGCCGCAGAGUCCGUCAUGUCAGAGCGUGCUCUGCGAGAGAUUUAUCUCUAUCCGUAUGCCCUGUCUCCUCGGUCUGUCAUCACGGGUAAGCAAUCUCAUGGGGGUGCUACCAGCUUUAUGCUUGCACAGAAGAAAGCUCAGCCAUGGGCUUUCAUGACAUCCUACGGGAGAAUCAACGGCAUCCAUUGUGCCGAGAACCCAACACUGCUCCAGAACAUAUUGAGGAAGGAGUGGGGCUUCGACGGCAUCGUCAUGAGCGAUUGGUUCGGCACCUACAGCUCUGACCUCGCGAUCAACGCGGGACUUGACAUAGAGAUGCCGGGCCCUCCCCGAUGGCGUACUCCAUUGCUGAUUGGCCACCUGCUAUCGUGCCAGAAGGUGUUCGAGUCGACACUCGACGAGCACGCUACGCGUAUCCUCAGCUUUGUCCAGCGUCAGGCUCGUCGCAACCCCGAUGUCGUCUUUGGCGACGGCGAAGAGCGAUCCCGCGACUCGCCCGAGGGUCGUGCGUUCUGCAGAAGGCUCGCUGCAGAGGGCAUGGUCGUACUGAAGAAUGCCGGAAACGUCUUACCUGUGAAGGACGGGAAGGUGAAAACUGUUGCUUUGAUUGGUCCGAAGGUCAAGGAAAGAGUCAUAUCAGGCGGAGGAUCUGCCGCCUUGAGACCCACCUACGUCGUGACGCCCUUUGAAGGACUCGUGGCCAACGCGCCGGAAGGCAUUGAGUUCAAGCACGAAGUUGGUUGCUAUGCACACAAGUUCACGCCGACCCUAGAGGCGUACCUGCAAACGCCGUCCGGUGAGCCAGGAUGGUCUUGCACCUUUUACAACCAUGACAAGCACGGGAACCCUACGGGUGAUCCCGUCAUGGAAUACGUCCUUCAAGACACCCGAGUCAAGCUGAACGAUUUCCUGCCAUUGGGUCUGACCGAGACAUGGACGAUCAAGCUUCGCGGUAAACUGACGAUGGAUAAGACGGCUGACUAUGACCUCGGUCUUACUGUCGCCGGGCGAGCAAAGUUGUACGUCAACGGCGAGUUGACCAUCGACAAUUGGACCAAGCAGCGUCCGGGCGAUUUCUUCUAUGGCCAAGGUACAGUGGAAGAGCUGGGCACCGUUUCGCUCACUGCCGGCGUUCCCGUCGACAUCCUUGUUGAGUAUACGAACACAAAGCCUCCCGAAGGCCCGGAGUCGGAUAGGUCACAACCAGCCCUGAUGCGCGGAGUCCGGUUGGGUGGUAUAGAGAAGAUCGAUGAAGAAGAGGCUCUCGUCGCAGCAGAGCAGUUGGCCGCUUCCUCCGACGUCGUCAUUCUUGUCGCUGGGUUGUCUCCAGACUGGGAGAGUGAAGGCUUCGAUAGGCCCAGUCUUGACAUGCCCGGAAGACAGAACGAGCUUAUCGCUCGUGUCGGGAAGGCCAACUCCAACACUGUCGUCGUCAUCCAGGCUGGCUCUGCAGUCGCUAUGCCUUGGGUGGACGAAGUGCAUGGUAUCAUCCAAGCGUGGUACUCCGGUAACGAAGUUGGGAAUGCCCUGUCUGACGUUAUCUACGGGACAAUCAACCCCAGCGGACGACUACCUCUCACGUUACCUGUACGCGUCCAGGACAUUCCUGCGUACCCGAACUUCAAGAGUGAGAAUGGUCAGAUUCACUAUCGUGAGGACCUCUUCGUUGGCUACAAGGGUUAUGAGGCCAAGAAAAUUAAGCCGCUGUUCCCCUUCGGAUAUGGCCUAUCAUACACGACGUUCUCGUUCUCCCAUCUCGCGCUCUCCACCACCUCGGUCCACAAAGGUCCCGACUUCGAACUCGAGGUCAGCGUCACCGUGACCAACACCGGAGCUGUCGUGGGCUCCGCAGUCAUUCAGGUUUACAUAUCCCUACCCGACAUCGGGCUGACCACGCCCAAGCUGCAGUUGCGUGGCUUCACAAAAGCCCGCGACAUUGCUCCUGGGGAAAGCCAGACUGUCACAGUCAAGCUGGACAAGUAUGCAGUGUCGUGGUGGGACACGCCUGGACAGCAAUGGAAGGCGGUCCCGGGCAUAUACGGCGUGCACAUCGGGAAGAGUAGCGCGGACAUAGUGCUGGAGGGCGAGUUCGCCUUGGAGCAGGGUUUCACUUGGGUUGGGCUAUAGAUACGUCGCAUCUAUGCAGUUGCAGAGAGUACUCUAAAAGUGGAGAUGUGUGUAUGAUUUAACAGAGUUGUUAUCAAGACAACGUUAGUGUGA